AUGGAAAUGUCUUUGCCAUUGCAAAGCAUCAACCCUAAGGUAGCAAAGAUGGCUCCAAUGCUGCAGAAAGCAAGUUCAAAACAAAGAGCUCGUAGUUUUACACUUCAAACCAUUUCCUGCAGAGCUGAUGGAUUAGCAAUGCACAAAAAGAAGCCCAACUUUUAUGAGGUACUUUCUCUUGGUUCUGAGAACAACAUAGGCUUGGAUGACAUAAAGAAAGCCUAUAGAAGCAUGGCUCGCAAAUUCCACCCUGAUGUUUGCCCUCCCUUAGCAAAAGAGGAGUCUACAAGAAAAUUCAUUGAGCUUCAAAAGGCUUAUGAAACACUUUCUGACCCGAUUUCACGUGAAAUGUAUGAUUACCAGUUGGGUUUGGCUGGUUCAUCAGUAGGGUUAGGCGUAGAGGGAUUUUGUAUGGAGGUAAAGAGAUCCAUGUUUCGAAGGGAGGUGUGGGAAGAACAACUUCGUGGAUUGCAUAAGAGGUCUCAAACCAGAAGGGAAAGGAAAAAUUAUCGGUCAAUGUAG